AGAGUUCUAGCCAAGAUCGACACCAACCGCGAUGGGGUCAUCUCAUUGGAAGAGUUCGAAGCUGCUGGAUUGGCCGCACUUCCGGACUAUAGCAAUCUUGGCGCUGAGGGACAUCACUACGAUGAAGAGAGCGAGUUCUUCUUGCACCACGAAGACGUGAUCAGAACAAUACCACAACACUCCGAAACACAAACGGAUGAAUCCUACAACCAUCCUGAGGAUACCGAACACUUCAAGCAUCAUGAGAGAAUUGAACUCGAGGAGGAGAACCGAGAGCGCGAAUUCCAAGCGAAAGUAUUGCCUGCGUCCAGUGAGACGACAGGUCAGCCUUCAAAAUCUGGGCCCAAGUUUAUUCGACCCAAAAAGGAUCCCAAGGCUGGUUACCUCAACAUCGUCAAGGAAGCGCGAGACAAGCCGGAAUGGGGUCAGGGUGCAGAAGGGUAUCGACCGCCCAAGACUCCUGCUGAAAAGUUGAGGAAGAAUGCGCCGUACAAAUACAAAUUCCGCCGUAAUUGGGGCGAUUUUUAAGUUACGUUGGCUGGCUUCCGACUAAUGAAACAUGAAAAGGGAUCGUGUGCCCUUGUACGGAUAUCCUACUUAUACUAUCUAAAUGCUGAAAUUACAAUGGUCCGAGUUCUACAUGGAAUGCAACUCCUACUCUGGUUCAUUCGCUUUGGCACUUGUCCGAUUCUAGCCUUAUCAUAAUUCUGCACAAACCACGCUGC